CCCCGCUGUCGCUGUGGCCGCUGCCAGACCCACAGCUGAGGCCGCUGGGCCGGGCGGGCGCCGUCCUCCUCGGCGCUCCUGACCGCCAUGCCCCUCUACGAGGGCCUGGGCAGCGGGGGGGAGAAAACGGCCGUCGUCAUCGACCUGGGAGAGGCCUUCACCAAGUGUGGAUUUGCUGGAGAAACUGGUCCGAGAUGCAUAAUCCCAAGUGUCAUCAAAAGAGCUGGCCUGCCUAAGCCUAUCAAAGUUGUUCAAUAUAAUAUCAAUACAGAAGAAUUAUAUUCCUACCUAAAAGAAUUCAUCCAUAUACUGUAUUUCAGGCAUCUGUUGGUGAACCCCAGGGACCGGCGCGUCGUGGUGAUUGAGUCCGUGCUGUGCCCCUCCCACUUCAGAGAGACCCUCACCCGCGUGCUCUUCAAGUACUUCGAGGUUCCAUCUGUCUUGCUUGCUCCAAGUCAUCUAAUGGCUCUUCUGACACUUGGGAUUAACUCUGCCAUGGUUCUGGAUUGUGGAUAUAGAGAAAGUCUGGUGUUACCUAUCUAUGAGGGAAUCCCGGUGCUCAACUGCUGGGGAGCUCUCCCCCUGGGAGGAAAAGCACUGCACAAGGAGUUGGAGGCUCAGCUGUUGGAACAGUGCACUGUUGACACAGGGACUACCAAGGACCAGAGCCUUCCCUCGGUGAUGGGUUCAGUUCCAGAAGGCAUCUUAGAGGACAUCAAAGUACGCACUUGCUUUGUAAGUGAUCUGAAGCGUGGACUGAAAAUCCAAGCAGCAAAAUUUAACGUUGAUGGGAAUAGUGAGCGUCCCUCACCACCCCCAAAUGUUGACUACCCGUUAGAUGGAGAGAAGAUCUUACAUGUCCUUGGCUCAAUCAGAGAUUCAGUAGUGGAAAUCCUUUUUGAACAAGACAAUGAAGAGAAAUCAGUUGCCACCUUAAUACUGGAUUCCCUUAUACAGUGCCCAAUAGACACCAGGAAGCAGCUGGCAGAGAACUUGGUAGUCAUAGGUGGCACGUCCAUGCUGCCGGGAUUUCUCCACAGAUUGCUUGCAGAAAUACGGUAUUUGGUAGAAAAGCCAAAAUAUAAAAAGGCACUUGGCACCAAGACAUUCCGAAUUCAUACUCCGCCUGCAAAGGCUAACUGUGUGGCUUGGCUGGGAGGAGCUAUUUUUGGAGCAUUGCAAGACAUACUUGGGAGCCGGUCGGUUUCAAAGGAGUAUUACAACCAGACCGGCCGAAUUCCUGAUUGGUGUUCUCUGAACAACCCACCUUUGGAAAUGAUGUUCGACGUUGGGAAAGCCCAGCCGCCUCUGAUGAAGAGAGCGUUUUCCACUGAGAAAUAAGUCUGACUGCAACUUAAUGUUGCUUCAUUUAAAAUAAUCAGUUACAAAUUGUACAACUUAGAUAGGAUGCUUGUUAACAGACUAGUGUCAGACAAGUGUGAAGAACUCUGUACUUGCUCUUCGCAUUAAUAUUUAGUUCUUUUGACUUUGUUUUCCUUGUGUAAUGUAAAAGGGUAGUUGGUCCGUAUGAUAUGUUGUAUUUAUGUCAAUAAAAUACUGAAAAGCA